AAGAGGAACCAACAACUUGGAACGAACCGAAAAACUGAUUCUUUGAUGCAAACAGCCUACCAACACUGAAACUUCGAACGAUGCCUCCAAACAAGAACUUCGUCUUCCUCUCCUUGGUCGCCACCUUCAUCAUUCAAAUCGACUCCUUACAGAUCCCAUUCCUAUCCAAUCCUCAGCCAUCAUCUUCAUUACCACCUGCCCCCUCUUCCUCGGUCUUUCAACUCCAGCAAGCCGUCCAUAUCACAAAAUAUAAGAACCGUCGUCUACACCUGAGGAGAAUAUUCAAUCAAACCGACCGGGAAACAAUCGAUAUCCGGAGCAACACACUUCACUCUGCAGCAACGACAACUGACGGGAGUCCUAUCGAGCACUACUAUCCUUCCUCUCAUUCUUUGAAAGUUCGCAAGGGGAAAGUAUGGAGUCAUCGUGCUACUCUCAACCAGUGGAAACUCGCCCAUCAACGACAAAUUUUACUCGACAAAUCCCUGAGGAACUUUGAAGAUCAUUCUGAAAUCUUGGCAAACAAUAUCACUUUAAUGAAUAGCCAAUUGAACUGGUCCGAAUUCGAUACUGUGCUUCCUGAUGUCACGGAUAUCGAGACUCUCGCUAGUCUGGCCAUGAUGACCAAUAACGCUUACACCCUUCCGGGCGACGAUAGAUGGUACGACCCAGGUGGAGCUUGGAACCUAUCUGACUCUUUUGGAUGGGAAGAAGAUGGCUUGAGAGGCCACGUCUUUGCUACACCCGAUAAUUCUACUAUCGUUAUCGCUAUCAAAGGAACAUCUGCUGGUCUGCUAGGGAAUGGUGGCUCGACUGGUGUUAAUGAUAAAUUGAAUGAUAACUUAUUUUUCUCGUGUUGUUGUGCAAGAGUCAGUUGGAGUUGGUCGCCGGUUUGUGAUUGUUACGAGGGGCCAAACAAAUGUCGAGCGAGCUGUGUGGAGGGCGCGUUGAUGAACAAAUCGGUGUAUUUCCAGGCAGCCGUGGAUCUGUACGACGACAUAGUACGGAUGUAUCCUCACUCACAAAUCUGGUUGGCCGGCCACAGUCUGGGUGCUGCACUGGCAGGAAUAUUAGGCGUUACCUUUGGAAUACCAGCUGUGGGUUUCGAGGCUCCAGGAGAUCUACUCCCCGCUCAACGACUCCAUCUUCCCCUACCGCCUGGCGCGAAUUUCGGGAAAGGUCAGGAAAUGAGUCACGUCUUUCAAGUCUUCCAUACCGCAGACCCAAUCGCCAUGGGCACUUGUAAUGGCGCAUUAAGUAGCUGUUCAGUAGCUGGUUAUGCGCUCGAAACUCGUUGUCACUUGGGCCAAUCAAUAAUUUUUGAUACUGUCGGCAAAUUGAAAUGGGCGCAAGAUAUCAGGACUCAUCCAAUCCAAACGGUUAUUGAUAAAGUGUUGAGACCCGACUGGAUUCCAGGAUCAACCUCCUCCGAUUGUCAAGAGAAUGACAAGCAACUUGAAGAGGAGGGCUUCCGAUGGCCAUGGAGUGGUCGUAAAAAUAAAGGAUCAGAUUGUCCGAACGAGAACGACGAGCCCAUCGUUCCUAUCGCUCAGCCUCAGGAUUGCGAGGAGGGCGAUUGUCCGCUAUGGGAAUUCAGAGACUCGUGGGACGAUAAUGGCGGUGACCAUUGAAGAUCUUAUACUUCCCAUCCUUAUUUCUUUCUCUCUUACAGUUUACCCACAACAUGAGCUUUUCGUGAUCUUGUUCUUUCUUUGUACUUUUCUUUGAACAAAAACUCAACAAUUUUUUCUGCCUUCAUGUACUUUUUUCUUUUCUUUUCUUUUUAAUCGUUAUUGAUGUGUUUAACUUCUGCACUCGUUGUGUAUGUACAUUACUGUCACCGCGUUCCAUUGCUGCUACAUCUAUCCCUGUUGUUGUUUUUUACAAUUUUGUCAUUGAUCUUUCUUUCCCUUACUCGAUUACUUCUUGCUCGUUCCACUCCCCUCUCCCCGCUCUUCCUUGCAACUUCGUAACCAAUCAAUCCCCAUUCAUUUUUUGUGUCCUCGCUUAUUGUCUUUUCUCUUCUGAUUUGGAGUUCCUUUCUGAUCCGGAGUUCCUCUUUCGCUUGAUGAGAGAAUUCUCAGUCUGUAUUCCUCUUUCUGCACUUUUUUGUAUUCCUCAGCGUAUAUAUCACAAUCAUAAACGAUACUUGACAACCGUUUUACGCAAUCAUCCAUCCCCUUCUACCCUGUGCACACGCGGAAAUAGUUGAACUACAAGCACGUCCAAAUGUGGCAAUACUACUUUGAUCUUUCGGUAACAAAAUCUUCUGUUUUUUCAUGUAGCAUCUAGAGAUGUGAUUCAAUAAUGCCUUCUGCCGACUUAAUUUGGCCUCCC